GUUCUCGGGACGCGACAUUAGCUCGACGCGACUCUGACAUCUGAGCAUAGUAGAGCGUUGUUGUCGCUCUCCACCACGAAAUUAUGGUAGGGUCAUCAGUCGAGCGCAGAGAUAACAGGCAAGUACGUUUUCAUUUGCACUCAGUGAGUGUGUCUGUGUAAACAUCACAGUUGCACCUUCUCAGCGAAGCCAGUCGCCCGUGAUUGGGAGCAAUUCAAAAAGCUGCGGGGGUCGAUAUGUUACACCAGAUUAUCAGAGCCUCAACACAAUUCCUUCAUCGAUUUUGAUGACCUAUAUCUUCCUGAAUCACACACAGAGUGGGCCCGGAAAGAUAAUAACAUGCGACAGAUUGUCAAUUCACCCCAUAUUCAUUCCGAUCGGGCUGCCAUGAUAGCAUCCGAAAGCGAUUCGCCAACAGCCUCGCACCAGCAAAGCGCCCCAGAUGCCCCUACAUCAGAAGAACCGUCAGCGAAAUUCACGCCUCUCGCAUCCGAAGAGGCAGCUGCUCGCAAAGCCCGUAUGAAUGCCGAUCUCAUCGACGCCUUCAAAACCCCUUGUCCGCCUGGUACAACUCCAUACGUAACAGGCAUCGGUCUAUACACCCACGUCGAGGGUCCGCCCCGGGCUCCCCUAUAUCAUGGCGAGAAGCCGCAACCGCAGCAAGAGUUCUUUCCCGUGCGGAUACCAAAGCAUAGCGGAAGCCGCAUCUCACAGCUGGACGAACUAGUUGGAAAGCUAUGGGAGCAACUUGAAAAGGCUGUUGAAGAAGAGGAAGAGAUUGUUGGCAAGACUGAGCUUGGGCUUAAGGAGCUCAAGAAACGAUACGGAGGGCUCGAUCCUCCAAAGAACUCGCGGCCACCAGUACAGUACAUUCAGCAGCAGCAUGAUGGGUUACAGAAAGACACAGCGGCUCAAGGCGGUACAACGGCAGGUGCGGGGAAUAUGAAUCCACCGCCAUAUGGGCGUAUCCAAUCGCUAGCAGGAGGAGUGGCCAGUCUCGCAGUGAGAGAUGAGGAUGUGAGCAUGGGAGGUGCUGAGGUAGAGCGAGGCAGGCCCCAGACUACUCACUCCACUACGGCCUUUUACGGUCCAGAUCCGCGCAGACAAAACCGUUAGUGACGAAGAAGGACACAGACAGUUCCACGACAAAGUGCGACAUACCAAGCUCGACACACCGCAUCUCGAUUUGACAUCUCCCUUGUGCGUCUUCCGCAUCUGGGUGGGACUGAGCACAUGACACACGUACUGGAGUUGCAGAUUGCAAGUAUGACCUAUCAUUGCAAUUGUUUAUCUAUACCUUGGACACGCGAGCUUUUCCA